CCACCAUCAUAGAAAGAUCUCGAUGGUCUCCAAGACAACUACAAUCGAUGUCGACCCAACAUUUUCCGGGGCAGGAAAGUCCUCGCGACAGACGUGGGCCAUUCCUGUCCCUAUUCCAGUUGCUGCUUGUGCUCAUUGUGCUCAUGCUCCAACACUUAACAUGUUACGAGUCAGACACGUCCACGGGUAUAUCCAGCCAUACGCAGCACGAUCACCCAGAAGGAUUAAGUUGCGAACGCGCCGAAUGCAACCCUAACAUGGCCAAUGCAUCUCCCAGCGAUCCGCACCCGCAUUCUCCGAUAUCUUGUUUAUGUAACGGCGUUUGUUAACCAAGGAUGGCCCAUGCCACCGUUAUCAGGACUGCAGCUAAUAGCUAUGUACCUUCGCUGAUUAUUGAUGACUGUUGGAAAAUGCUAACAGGAAUGAUGAUAAUUGAUGCCCACGCUGGAUGAUUUGGUGAUAAUGGCAGCUGCAUUGAUCGUCAUGACCUGUUGCUCACUGUAGUGCUCAGGGGCGGUUCGAUACCCCUUAUUUACCUGCGCAAUCCAUCCUGUGUCUUCUUUGCCAUGCCAAAAUUAUCUUAUUAUUAUUCCUGCAUAUUAAUUGAUCCGAUUCUGGGAGGAUGGAAAUGGAUCCCACGGCGGAAAAGAGUCCGAAUGCCCAUCAUGAUGGCGACGAAGCCCAGUUGGCUGCCUUAGGCCACAAGGCAGAAUUGAAGCGCAACUUCUCGACACUAUCGAUGCUGGGUCUAGCGUUUGCUAUUUUGAAUUCAUGGACUGCCCUCUCUGCCAGUUUAUCUCUCAGUCUUCCGUCGGGAGGCAGUGUCAGUGUCAUCUGGGGGUUGAUCACUGCUGGCUUCUGCAACCUAUGCAUUGCUAUCUCACUGGCCGAGUUUCUCUCUGCCUAUCCCACGGCUGGUGGCCAAUAUCACUGGGUCGCUGUCAUUUCCUGGGAGAAAUGGAUCCCUAUCCUGUCAUGGGUUACCGGGUGGAUCAAUUGUGCCGGCUGGGUCGCGCUGGUUGCGACUGGAGGUCUGCUGGGCAGCGAACUCAUCGUGGGCGUGAUAUCGCUGAUGCAUCCGUCGUAUAAUCCAGAGAGGUGGCAUCAGUUCUUGAUCUAUAUUGCCUACAACGUUGCUGGCUUUGUGAUCAAUUCUCUCAUGAAUUCCGCUCUCCCAUUAGUAACCAAGAGCGCAUUUAUCUGGUCACUUGCUGGUUUCACGGUUAUUUGCAUCACAGUACUUGCGUGUGCGUCGCCACACUACAGCACUGGAAAAUUUGUUUUUGGGGAUUUCAUCAAUCAGACAGGCUGGCCGGAUGGCGUUGCUUGGUUAUUGGGUCUUCUCCAAGGUGGUCUCGGAGUCACUGGAUUCGAUGGCGUUGCCCACAUGAUCGAAGAAAUCCCAAAACCCUCCGUAGAGGGGCCCAAAAUUAUGGUUGGCUGUGUUCUCAUCGGCACCGUCACGGGCACCAUCUUCCUGAUCGUUCUGCUUUUCGUCUGUGGUGAUGUCGAUGGGGUUAUCAAAUCGGCUGCUGGGCCACUCCUACAGAUCCUCAGGAAUGCUACCGCAAACAAUGCUGGGGCAAUCUGCCUUCUCAUGUUUCCGCUGGUCUGUAUGCUCUUUGCAACGAUCACCAUUAUGACAACAAGCAGCCGCAUGCUCUACGCCUUUGCCCGAGACGGCGGUCUACCAGCAUCACCCUUCUUCUCAAGGAUUCAUUCCAAACUCCAAGUUCCACUGAAUGCGUUGUAUCUGACGGUCGUGCUGGUUAUCAUCUUUGGCCUCAUCUUCCUCGGCUCAUCCAGUGCUUUUAAUGCCAUCAUUUCCUGUUCCGUGGUGUUUCUUGAUCUCGCAUAUGCCAUUCCAAUUGCCGUGAACUGUCUUCGAGGCCGAAAAAUGCUCCCUCCACGACCGUUUGUUCUGCCGAAUUUGGUUGGCUGGAUUGCCAAUAUCGUUUCCCUGUGCUAUAUCUCUCUAACUACGGUUCUCUUCCUUUUCCCUCCUGAUAGGCCAGUGACGGGUAGCAAUAUGAACUACUCUGUCGUCGUCUUAGCAAUCGUUGUACUUAUUUCCGCAGCCCAAUGGAUCUUCGACGGCCACAAGAACUUCACCGGUCCCAGAGUCCAGGUGGAAAGUUACGGCGAUCCAGUUCAGACUCAAACUGUCCCAGCUGAGCCGAAUAAGGAUGCAGAUGGGAAUGAAACGAAAUAGGCUCGGGCUGUAUGGGGAUUCAGAUGGGGAUUCAGAUGGGGGUGGUUUUAUGACUGGAUGAUAUCCCUUGCUAGCUUUCGUUUGAUGCUCCUGCUCCUAAAUACAGCGUACUUGUACUCCGUACACUAUCAGUAUGAUCCCAGGCGCUCGCAGAGUGUAGUUUUAAUGAGGGCACUCAAGGGACUUGCUUAGGGAAUGUUCCUUGUCACCAGUCAGCAACUCCGUGACCACUCAGAGCCUGCUCAGUGAUUGAAUAAGCAUGUGCCAACCUGAAGUACACACUCUCUACUUUUGCCUCCUUUAUUUCAUGCAAGUAGUCG